AUGCGCGCCACAGGCGGUACUCGAGUCUUCCUUAUGGAUGCUCUAUUGAUCAGCUUCUUACUAUGUCUGGUCUCACGGGCCUGGGCUAUGCCCAUGGCUUUAACGAAAGAUAGCAUCUCUUCUACGGAUGUGGCGUUAUAUCAGAUGAGCAGACUGGGUCGAUCUGCUCUUGACUUGACGCUGUACGGUCUCGAGAAUCGUAUUCUGAGCCAUGACCGAGGAAGUUGUACCCUGGAAACCCUCAGAGUUCGUCGAGACUGGAGAUCUCUUACACACGGGGAAAGAAGGGCCUAUAUUGACUCAAUCUUGUGUCUACAACAAUUGCCUCCGCAGACACCUUCUGCCCUUGCAGCUGGAGCCAAGACAAGAUAUGAUGACUUUGUGGCUACACAUAUCAAUCAGACUUGGCAUAUUCACCGAACGGGCACCUUCCUAGCAUGGCAUCGCUAUUUCAUAUACACAUUCGAGGAAGCUCUCCGUAAUGAAUGUGGCUACACUGGUGAUCUCCCCUACUGGAACUGGGGCUCCGACAUAAACUCAAUGGAAGAAUCCCCCCUCUUCGACGGUAGCGAUACAUCUCUCUCCGGUAACGGCGAAUUCAUCCCAAACCAAACAGAUCUCCGAAUCCCCCUAGGACACACCGAUAUCCCACCCCUCACCCUCCCAACCGGCACAGGAGGAGGCUGCGUAACCAGCGGGCCCUUCGUAAACUACACCGUCAACAUGGGCCCCUCAUUCCUCUACGUCCCGGGGGGCAAUGUAUCCCGAAUGUCCAAUCCACUCGACUACAACCCCCGCUGCCUAAAGCGAGACCUAACCACCUCCAUCCUGCACGAUAAUAACAACUACACAACCAUCCUGGCAGUGAUCCAAAAUAGCACUGAUAUCUGGGACUUUGAGACAAACACCCAAGGCGCACCGGGCAGUGGACUCCUCGGUAUCCACGGCGGGGGCCAUCUAGCAAUGGGAGGUGAUCCAGGCCGUGACACGGAUGCGAACCCAGGCGAUCCGGGAUUCUGGAAUCAUCACGCGAUGAUUGAUCGGCUAUGGUGGAUUUGGCAGUAUGGUGACUUGGGGAACCGGGAGUUUGCGAUUUCGGGGACGGGGACUUUUUUGAAUGAGCCGGUUUCGCCUAAUACUACGCUUGAUACUCGGGUUCAUGUGGGGUAUGUUAAACGGGGGUCGAUUGCGAUGAGGGAUCUUAUGAGUACGACUGCUGGGCCUUUUUGUUAUGUGUAUUUGUGA